AUGCAGCUUUUAGAUGAAUUACCUAUGAUCUGGGGAACGUCUUUUCUUGUCUAUUCCUUUGUUGAAAUUACCAGUCCACCAAGUUAUCAGAACAGAUGGCUGCAAAUAUUUUUGGCUGUAUACUGCAUAAUUGUAACGGCCGUUUAUCUACUGAUAAAGGAUCCUAUCUUCCAUGAGGCUGCUUAUGGAUUACUUGUGAUCUGUUUGGUCAUAGUUUCCUUUAGAGUGAUUAGGCAAUGUGAACAUAAUUUACCAUUAGUUAUUUCUGGUAUAUUUAUAUACCUAUUUGGAUUUAUUCUCUGGAACAUUGAUAAUAAUUUUUGUCCACAGAUUCGAAAAGUCCGUCAAGACCUUGGUUCUCUAGGGCCUGUCAGUCAACUUCAUGCUUGGUGGCAUUUACUUGCUGGAAUCGGUACCUACUUAGCAAUUUUAUUUUGUAUCCACACAAGAUAUUUAUAUUUGAAAAGAGAUCCGAAAAUAAAGAUGUUUGGUGGUAUUUGGCCAUACAUUUCAUUUCCUCUCAUCCAAAAUCGACUUGACAAUGGGUACUGUCCAGACACAUCAAAGAAAAUAUUCUGA